GCAGUGAGCUGAGUUGAUGUGAACGCAAGCGGACCGUUGUCUGUUUCUGUCGCUCAUUUCGGCGGCUUCAGUUUUGUUGAUGCGCUCACGGUCGACGGUCGACGCGGUGCCGCGAGUGUAAACAGCCUUGACUGAAAGCUGGACGUGAUAAAAAAAAGUUGAUUUUAGGUAGUGAUGAUUGUGUGGUGGUGACCAUGGCAAUUUUGUGCAACUGGGGAGUAUGGAGUUUACUCUUGGUGUUCCUAUUUAUCCCGUGUAUCAGGACGCAAGAUGUGGAUACUAUCAACAAAGAUCACCUUCACGCCUCUUCGGAUUUUAGAAGACACACAAUCGUCAAGCCUAGGUUUUAUCAUGGCAGAGAAAAGAGAGAAAUAUCGACAACGAGACCAGAGACUGGGAAGGAGCAUUUACACGACCUCAUGAUAGAAAUUAAUAUUGCUGGGAAGCACCAAAUUUUAGAGCUCCGGCUAAACAGGGAAUUUUUGUCAGGUACCUAUUUUCAAAGACAUCAAGAAAAUGGAUUGCACAAAAUUCAUAGACCAUCAAAAGAGGAGGUAGAACUUUGUCAAUAUCAAGGAAAUCUUAGAGGUGUUUCCAACUCCUGGGCAGCAGUAUCAACUUGUAAUGGUCUCAGAGGAGUGGUUUUCGAUGGGCAUGAGCUUCAUUACUUGGAACCAAAACAGAAGCAUCAAAUAAAAAAUUCUGAGAAAAGUGAAGAUCUGGGUGAAAUCUACCAUUAUAGACAUUCUGAUAUUCAUGGAUCUAAUCACUCUUGUGGCUAUGAGGGAACGCCUCAUGAUGUACUGCACAACGAGCACAUUGCCCAUUUGCACAGGUCAAAGAGAGAUUCAGAGUCUCCUGAUGAUGAUGGCAGUGCAAUACGUGGCCCAUACAAUGCAAAUAAAAAGACUCGUUAUGUUGAACUUGUCUUAGUUGUCGAUCAUAAAGAGUACCUCGAGUUGGAUUCAAGCAAGGAUAAAGUGUAUCAGCAUUGCAAGGAUAUGGCUAAUAUUAUAAAUGCUCUGUACAUGCCUCUAAAUAUUUUUGUAGCCCUGGUGGGUGUAGUGGUGUGGUCUGAAUUUGAUGAAAUUUCAUUGGUACCAAAUGGAGACACCACCCUUACUAACUUUUUACAUUAUAGAAGAGAGCGUCUUGUUAAAGAGCAUCCUAAUGACAAUGCACAACUACUGACUCGUGUUCAAUUCGAUAAUGGUGUGGUUGGGAAAGCUCUGAAGGGACCAAUCUGUACUUACGAGUUUUCUGGUGGUGUCAGCAUGGAUCACAGUAACGUCGUUGGACUGGUGGCUACAACAGUAGCCCAUGAAAUGGGUCACAAUUUUGGUAUGGAACAUGAUUCAAGUGAAUGUUCUUGUCCAAGUGAACGAUGCAUCAUGGCCCCAUCAUCAAGUACUCUGAGUCCCACUCAUUGGAGUAGCUGCAGUGAGAAAUAUCUCCUGUUGGCAUUCCAUCAUGGCAUGGACUACUGUCUGCACAACAAACCCACCAAAUUAUUUGGGAGUCCUGUUUGUGGCAAUGGAUUUGUAGAGCAUGGAGAGCAAUGUGAUUGUGGGCUUGAGGACCGUUGCUCAAACCCUUGUUGCAAUGCAACCACCUGUAUGCUGCAUGCCAAUGCUUCAUGUGCCACAGGAGAGUGUUGCGAUCUGGAGACCUGCCGACCCAAAACAGCAGGAACUGUUUGUCGCAGUGCAGACCAAGAGUGUGAUCUGCCUGAGUUCUGCACAGGAAAGAGUGAAUACUGUAAGGAAGAUGUGUUCAAAAUGGAUGGUGAAACAUGCAACCAUGGAAAGGCGUUUUGCUAUCAUGGGAUGUGUCGAACCCGAUCUGAUCAGUGCAAAUUAUUAUGGGGACCGUCUGGCAAAAGUUCUGAUACGCAGUGUUACAAAAUGAAUACGAAAGGUUCCAGACAUGGGAACUGUGGAUAUAAUCGGCUGAACCAGUCCUAUGUCAAAUGUGUUGAUGACAAUAUUUAUUGUGGUAUGCUUCAUUGUAAACAUCUCAAUGAGCGUCUGGAGUUUGGAAUGGAAUCUGUGUCUAUUCUCUCACACUCUUUCAUCAACUCAGGCGGAAGUAUCAUACCAUGUCGAACAGCAAUUGUUGACCUUGGUCUGAAUGAAGUUGAUCCUGGGCUUGCCCCAGAUGGCUCAAAAUGUGGGGAAGGGAAGAUGUGUGUAAAUCAAAAAUGUAUGGCUGUUAGUUCAUUGCGAACAGGAAGUGUUGUAGGUGUCUGUCCCCAAAAUUGUAAUGGGAAUGGUGUGUGUAACAGUAAAGGCAAUUGUCAUUGCAAUCCUGGUUUUGCUCCACCUUUUUGUGACUACCCUGGAACUGGUGGUAGUAAGGAUAGUGGGCCAGCCACAGACCCUAAUGCUGGACGAAAGUUUGUUUUUGGACUUUACAUCUUUUUCCUAGGCAUUGUCCCCUCAGUGGCGAUUGUGGCUCUUGCGAUGUAUUAUAUUCGUCCUUUAGUGAAACAUUGGUGGAAAAAGCCGGGCACCAUAGCUGCCAAUGGACCCAGACACUCGACGUAUGUAGCUAACUCUUCUGCUGCAUGCUGCAUGUCCAUCCGGGGGUGGACUAGUCGACUGGACUGCUCUCAGUCUUGCAGGAAACCUGGUGGACAGAAUAGAACCGGCCGUGGUAAUUCAUUAGCAUUCCACAGUUUAGAGAGAAGUGGUGGACCUAAACUAAAUGGAUCCAGCGGUCACCGAGAUAUAUCCAGUCCUUUGCGCUCAGAUGGCACUCAUGCGUCAUUGCUGCCCCCUGAUGAAACUCCGGUCAACUCACCAUCUACUAGCAAUGGCAGCAGCCCAGUCUCCAAUCUCCAGAUAAGCUUAAUUGGCCAGUUCAAGGGCUUCAGCAUCACUCCCAUGACUUCAACAUCACCCACUCGCUACGUUGAAGAUCCAGUCCAGGGCUCAACAGCUUUACCCACUGCCAACAAACCAGCCUUACCAUCACCUGCCCAGUCCGCUUUGAGAAAAGCACCAGUUCCACCGUCUGUUCCUUCAGCUUCUACAGCUGCUCCUGCCAAGUCUAUGCCAUUUAAAAUACAAGGUGUGAACAAAGCUCGAACAAACUCGAGUGUUGUGAACGGAGUGUCGUCCGUAAAUAAUUCAUCCGUUGCACCUGCUCUUCCACCUGCCAACCCUCAAAGUGUGGGGCGUCCACUUAUCAGCAGUCCGAUCCUUGAUGCCACUACGUCAUCUGCUGCCAGAGAAUUGGUUGAUGGUUCCAACCCUAAUGUACCGGUUCCUCCUGCACCACCAGCUCCUGUUCGGACAGCUCCUGUUCGGACAGCUCCUGUUCGAACAGCCCCUGCGGUCCCUAUUUCUGAAAACAAACUCUCUCGACCAGCAUCGUCACAUGUUGAUGUCGUCGAUGCUCCAGCAGCUGUUGGUACUGAGAGAGCUGGAGGGGUGAAGCAGCCAACCUACCCUACUUUAACAAAGCUUGCAUCAAUGCUUCGCCCAUCAGCAUCCUUCCGGAAUCAGGAGAAAAAGGAAGAACCUCAAAAUGUAAAAGCAGGAAAGUUGCUUGAUAAAGAAAAGCUACGAUCUCUUCAAAUUUCAAGUCCAAUCCCACAAACUGAAAUAGAAGUUCCACAUGCAGUACCUGUGCAACCAAACCAACCUGUUGUUAUGCGGGCUCAGAGUAUGCGAGCUGGUGCAAACUCCAAACGACCUGCAAUCCAGACCUUUGGAUCUAUGAGGCAGCCAGGAAAGCGUCCAACAAGUGUUGCAUCAAAUGGCCUUCACAGACCCACCUCUCCACCACCACCUCGACCACCACCACUACCAGUUAUUUCUUCCAAAGAAACGGGCAUAUCAGGGCUACCUGGUUAUCAAAAUCCUCCAGACGCUAAAGCAAAUAAGCUACCUUCUGAUUACUCAUACGAUGAUUGCCUGAAUGUUAUGGGUGAUGCCCCUCUAGCUCAUAUUGAUGAAGAAAACAGUCCAACAAGUGGAGAUAACAUUUAUGCAGUAAUUGAGGAAUCACCAGAAAAUGGAAGUCGCAAUCGUGUCAAUUUUGACCUUCCUUCCAGUUCCUCAGCUGUUGAUGUUCCAGAGUACAUUUCUCCCACUGCUAGUGUGUACAAAGACCCAGCAUCUCCCAGAAUCCAUCCUGCUGGUAGCAGCGAGUCUAUGGGCCUUUUGGGGGAAAUUGUAUCAGCAAUUCAAGCCAGGAACACAGAAUCAAUUUAUUCAUCAUCAAACAUCCCUCCUAAAGAUUCCACCACAGUUACAGGUGGGGAACCGCCCUCUGGUCAAGACAGUGAGAGCCCUUUGAGUGAUAACAACUCCUCAACUGGAACUUACUUUACUUCAGCAUCAAGCAGUAGUGGUUAUUUAAGCCCAAAUGUUUCAAAUUCUGGACUGCAGACAGUUGGAAGUGUUGUGAGCGCACUCCAGAGUCCAUCAACGGCAGCGCCUGCAGCAAUCACUACUACAACUGUAUCUACAACAUCAUCCGCUCCGUCUGAAUCAUACAAACCAUAUGGCCUGUCAGUGAGGUCGAGAGGUCCACUUGCCAACACAUUUUCCAAGUCAAAUCCAUCUUCUAUUUCUACCACCACCACUGCCCCAACUCCACCACCUGCAUCUCAAAAGCCACAGCUUCUUUCUAAAAAGCCUGCGGUCAAGGAGAAACCUGCUUUAGCAAGCACGAGCCCUGAUGUAGUCUCAAGCUGCUCUUCUUCUGCAGACACAGCCUCUCCAGAUGUUAUUAGUCCAGCUAGUACCAAAUCAGUACCUAUCCCUUCAAUAUCUCAUCCCAAUUCGUCAGUGGAACAGACUCCUACACAGAAAAUAACUGUGUCCCAAUCAAAUUCAUCUGCCAUGAGCAAUCCAACUAAUACGUCUUUAAGCAGUCGGAGUAAUAAUGUUCGGCCUCCUGUAAGUGCCUCUAAACCAACCUUAGACUCAUUUGGCCCAAACAGAACUUUAAACUUACAAACUAAAGCUGCUGCUAGUAAAAUAUCUAAUGUUGCGUCCUUACAACAGAAGUUUGAAGCAAGUCCACCCUCGAAGUUACAGCCAGGGGUCAAACCUAAAAUCCAGCCUGUAAAGCCUUCUCUGUCCUCGAGUAAAUGAAAAAAAAAAAAUAUCCUGACUGCAUUGUACUAUUGUGGCCUUUAGUUACCUCUUUUUGACAAUUUAGUGUUAUGUAUUUCCAUGUGAUAAUGACUUUUGCUCACUGCGUGGACAGUUGUGUCAUUUUGAAAAGUUUGAGCCAUGUCCCUCUUUGGUGUGCGAGAGCGCAUCUUAUUCUUUAUAUUUUGUACAUGUAUUAAUGUGAUUUCAUGAUGUACAUAGUAUGAAUUUAUGUAUGUAAAUUGACUUCAUAACAAAUGUUUUUUUCUAUAGGUAUCAUUCCCAAAGACCAGAAAAAAAGAAUAAUAAUAAUUGGAAAGAUAAUUGGCUGUGUCUUUGUUCACUGCCACAUCUUGUGUAGGGUACACAGUGUAUUGAUAGUCACUUGCAGUACCAACUUUCAAUUUGGUAUUAAUUGUCCAGCUUGCUGUUCCCAUGACGUUAUGUUAACAUACGAUACAACUGCAGCCUGCAGAGUCACAAUACUCAGGCUGUUCUUCUGUUUACAAAUCUACACUUUUUGUAUGACAAUGAGUAAAUUGCCUAGUUUAGUUUUCCCAUUAGUUAGGCUGUAAAUUAGCUGUUUUUCUUAUAUAAGUAUGCAGUGCUUUAAUCUGUAAUAUAUGUAGGUAGUUGGGAGGUUGAGAAUUAAGAAAGUGCUCAAAAUGUGAUUUAUUUCUCUCUUAAAUGAAAUGUAUGUGAGAAAUAUUUGUUUCAAUCCAUGGUUGAAGCCUACUGCAACAUUUUGGUUCAUUUCCUUACAUUCCCUCAGCAGUAAGAUUCUGAUAUUAAAGAUUUUGUGUCGUUACAAUCUUGCCUUCAAAAACUCUGCUUCUGAUUGAAUUUUUCCUCUUUACUUUUACCUCUCUUUUUAAACCUAAAACUUAUGUACUGACGUUUUUAAUAGACUGAUCUGUUCCUUCAGUUCCCUGAAGCUUCUUUGUGAUUCGUACUGUUAUCUAUCUGUAUCUUGUGUUACCUCUUUUGACACCUCUAAGAGAGUGUUUCAUGUAUGUGGUACGUGGCCCUUCUUUCUCAUUCGUGGGAUUUUCAUGUCAGAGUUCGCUUGGGUAUAUUUUCAGCCAUCAUUCAGUUGUUUUGCAUCUGGCUGAUUAUUUUUACAUUUGUAAAGAACUUCUACAUUAGUAGCAUAAUUAAGUUAUUCAUUUUCUCGGGCCAUUGAAUAAUUCCUUAUGCUGUAAAUACAUUUUUUUAAAGAAAAUUUGGCUUUGUGAAAUGAAUUGUUAUCUUUUUUCUGGACAGAUUCAUAUUAUUUAUUUAUUUAUGGUGCGUUUGAUUAUGCUCAUGUUUUCUUUUUAUCUUAAGAAAAAGGGUGCUCGUUAUUUUAUAAACAAUACAAAAUUUAUUGAUUUGUUCCCUGCAAAUUCCUCAGUGACGGCUUUUAACUUCUCUUUUUGAUUACUAUAAUUAUUACUAGAAUAAGGAAUCUUGUGAUAGGCAUUGUAGCCACUAAAUUAUCAUACUAUUUAUAAUUUUUGUAAGUCUUGAUUAAAUGUUGUGAGUCCGUUUUGAUUUCAAACAUCUCCAAUGAAAUGGCAUCUAUUGUGCUCCUUGAUUGUGUUGUGAUCUCAUUGUAGGAAAGAAGUCACUUUCCUUUCAUUGCAAAUCAUUUUCUGAUUUCCCUGUAAAAGAUCGACUCAAAAAACAAUUGUAAAUUACUCUGACACUUGAUACUGUGAGAUGCUCCCCACAGCUUCAUUACGAAACAGAGUUCACUUCAGUAUUGAUUCAUUUUACGGCAGAGUUGUUGCCCGGCUGAUUUCCUUUGUCAUUUUGUUUGUUGUGGUUAACUUAUCUACAAAAGGUUGCAACUAAGACUUUCUAUUUAAAGAAGCCAAAGACCUCUUUUUAUAAGUGAAAUAAAUGUAGCACACGUCCGUGUGUUAAUGACCUAA